AUGACAUUCUCUGCCUGCUACUUCCAUCCUCCUCCUUCUUGCCUGUUGCUUACUCUACUCCUGGGACUCAUAGGAGCAUCAGGUAAGGAAGAGCUGCAGGAGAUUCAGCCUGAGAGGUCAGUGUCAGUUGCAGCAGGAGAGACGGCCACUCUGCACUGUACCGUGACCUCCCUGAGCCCUGUGGGGCCCAUCAUGUGGUUCAGAGGAACUGGGCCAGGUCAGGAGUUAAUCUACAGCCCAAAAGAAGCCCCUCUCCCCAGAGUAACAAAUGUUGUAGAUGCCACAAAGAGAAACAACAUGGACUUUUCCAUUCGUAUCAGGAACAUCACCCCAGCAGACACUGGUGUCUACCACUGUGUGAAGUUCCAGAAAAGAGAACAGGGCGACAUGGAGUUUAAGUCUGGACCAGGCACUCAUCUCACUGUGAGUGCCAAGCCCUCUCCUCCCAUGGUAUCCAGCCCUGCAGUGAGGGCCACCGCUGAGCAGACAGUCAGCUUCCUCUGCAAAUCCUACAGAUUCUUCCCUAAAAACAUCUCCCUGAAAUGGUUCAAAAAUGGCAAUGAGCUCUCAGCCUCCCAGACCAGUGUGGAUCCAGAGGAAGAUGGCGUUUCCUACAGCAUCACCAGCACAACUAAGUUGCUAUUGGCCCCAGGGGAUGUUCACUCCCAGGUCAUCUGCGAGGUAGCCCAUGUCACCCUGCAGGGGAGCCCUCCUCUCCGUGGGACUGCCAAUUUGUCUGAGACCAUCCGAGUACCACCCACCUUGGAGGUUACCCAACAACCCAUGGCGGGAAAUCAGGUGAACAUCAUCACCUGCCUGGUGAACAAGUUCUACCCCCAGCAACUACAGCUGACCUGGCUGGAGAACAGAAAUAUGUCCUGAACAGAAGUGGCCUCGACCCUCAUAGAGAACAAAGAUGGGACCUUUAACUACACGAGCUGGCUCCUGGUGAGCUCAUCAGCCCACAGGGAGGCUGUGGUGCUCACCUGCAAGGUGGAGCAUGAUGGGCAGCCAGCAGUUACCAAAAACUCCACGGAGACCUCUGCUCCCCAGAAGGACCAGGAUACAGGCCCAGAGAUUCUCCUGGCAGUUCUCCUCCUCAGCCCCAAGCUGCUGCUGAUGGUCAGUGUGUCUGUCAUCUUUGUCCACAGGAAGCGUUGA